AUGGAUUCUGAUACGGAAAGCCCUUCGGUCGCGAGCGCGGUGCCGGCUUUCAGUUCUUGGCCCUCAGAUGACAGACAAGACGUCACUCAAAAGUUUUUUGAGGCCUGUAAAUUAGGUCUUGAUGCAGGGGAGCUUUGUCAUAACUCUUGGUUCACUCUGUUACAUUCCAUGUCAGCCAUUGAGGUGAUGGACCCCAAAAUGGAUAUCCGUGUUCAGGGUGCACGUCGUGUUGUCAGUACCACAGAAGCGGUUGCCACCAAUACACUCCCAUUGGAUCCGUUUUCUGAUCGAUUUGAGCUGAUUGGUGUAAUGGACGAAUUACUCGCAGCUACCACCAACUGGUUGACCGGCGAUUCUCUUGCUCAGAGUGUUUUCACCUGUAUGUACAUGCACUGCACCCAGUUGAUACGUGAUCCGUAUUUACGUUCAUUUUGCGAACUGUUACGUCGUGUGAUCAAUCAAAUACGACAGAUCAUUGUGUCUUCCUCCGUUUUUGAUGAGGAGGAUUUCUAUCCGCCCACGAACGGUAUGCCUUUAAAUGGACCCAGUUCUAUGUUUGACCGGUUUCUCGAUGCAGAAACCCUAAAUGAAUCUCUGAGGUUCUUUAGUUUGACCUCAGAUGGCCUCAUAGAACAUACACGCAAUUUGGUUGCGAUGCUGCACAAAGAUGCUGUCAACACUCCAGAAGGCGUCGAUGGAUCUGUGGAUGCGCUUAUUUCGCGUCUCGAAUUCCCCAUGAAGCUACUCCAGUUUACGAAUCAGAUAUGUUCGUAUAUGAACGCAGCUAAGAUGAUUGAAAAAUCGUCCGAACACACUCAGUUCGAUGUUUCGGAAGAUAAUUCCGUUAAUGAGGAGGAUAACCGAAUCGAUUCAAUCACAGAAAGCGGCACAUUUGCUACUCACGACUUCUGGUCUGAUUUAUCUGCCAUAUGUUCUUCUACCGAACCCAUUCUUAUCGAAUUGACUCAGUUGGCGAGAACUCUGAUAGAUACUGCAACAAUUGGUCAUAGUUCCGGUCAGGGCAGACUUUUUCCCAAAGACCAUCCCUAUGGACUUCCCGGAUUCGAACCUUUUCUCAACCAGACUAGCCUACCCUCAUAUAUUCCACGAUUUGUCAUCAUCCACGAUCGAAACAAAGCAUUUCACUACAUAAAUGGUUUAAUUGAAAAUUUGUUGCGAAUUACACAAACGCGUUUGCUCGUGCCGAAGUGGCAUGCAUUUGAUCCACGUAAUUCCGCACUUCAUCUGCUUUGGUCUUUCACUCGACAGCAUGGUCAACAGACCCAUUCGCAUGUGGUCCGGUUGCUCAACUCCAUGCAACCACAAGACACCGUAGCGACAAACGGCUUUCACUCAGAAUUGCACAGUUGUUUACUUUCUCGUGCUUUGUCCUGUUUGCUAUACUGUACUCCAAUGCGUUGUCAACGCGCAAUUGGUAUACUUCCAGACAUCUCUAGUACACUCCAAGUCGAAUUGAUUGUGCAAUCAUGGUUAGACCUGGAGGCAAAGAAGUAUCACGAGCCUUUGCGAGAAAUCAUAUCGGAUGUGGUUGGUCUCAAAGGUUUUUUCGAUGUACUUGCUGAUCAUUUAAUUCACAUCCCCUAUAUUUACUAUCUGAACCGGUCACGACAGCGUUCUGCACUAGACCGGUUGCUCCAAAAACUCCCCGAUUUGUUGACUGAGUGCUGCCGUGUCGAAUGGAUCAUGAGUCUUGAGUUAGCUAAAAAAUUGGAUCUGGGCGACAACUCGAACACGGGUCAGAAAAGUACCGACACCGGCUCUUCCGAGACUACUGUGGAUCGCGAACGGCCACCGUAUUUUGUCCCAUUGCGUCUGAGUAGCUAUGUUUGUUAUUACUACUGUCAACUCGCGUGGGAUUAUCUGGUAACCGGAUUUCAGCUCGAAUUGUAUGCCGCCCAAGAGUGGGCUUUCAUCUACACAUUUAUGAUUGGACUAUUUCAGAAUAUGGCUGCCCUGUUUGAACGAUUUUUAACACCGGAUAACAAUUCGACCGAUAAUCCGGAGCCGCCCCAAUCCACCAAGCCACAAGAAGCACCAGCACGACGAUCGAAAACUUCAAAUAAGAAGAAAUCUAGACGAAACAAACUAUCCUCAACCGACGAGAAAAACAAAUCUCAAUCAAGUGCGGAAAAACUUCCCAUUACCCCCGCACUCAGACCCUGUGGUCCUGGCUCCGAAUUGGAGUAUCUGAUCCUCAACUGUCAUCGGUCGCUUAUUGCGGGCACGAUCUAUGCACUACGAGCUUUGCAGCUGGAUAGUGGAGGCGAUCCCGUUCUCGACUUUCCUUCCACGACCCAUAGUUCUUUGGAGUGUAAACCGUUCGGCAAUCCGGAAGAGAUCUACUCCCGCCGCCUGGGUUUGUUUCUUGCCGCCACCGACUCUCCGUUAUCCGACCCUGGUGGAUGUGCCGGUGCGUUUCAAGCAUGCAAACGUCAUCUGACUUCAGGAAUUUUCUCUGCCGAUGCCAAUCACCCGACAGAUGAUGAGAAUGCCAGUGGCCAACGCGGUGGUACUACGGGUUUGUACAUGUUAGCCACGCAUAAUUUUGAAGAUGCACAGUUCCGUGCUCAGUUUGCCCAGGCCACAAAAGCACCGAUGCUGGUCACACUUAAGAAGGUCACAGGGGUUAGUUUGAAUGAUGAACUGUUCGGCCAGUUGUUUGGCACGCCGGACAAUCUGGCCGAUUUGGAACGAUUAGCCGCGCACAAUCUGAUCGCCUGCCGCGUUCUAGCCAACUGUCUGGAUCGACGUCCAACUCCAUCCCCCAAAUCCGACACUCAAUCGGGGUCGGCUGGUACUGUACCUUCGUUCCUUUCCCGUUCCAGUCCCGUCAAAUUGGAUUUCUCGUUUCUCACUAGUCGAACUUAUCCGCUUAUUCGAUUGGUCAGCUCACAGGCCAAAGGUGAUAGCAAAACGACAUGA